UCCGAGAGAACGGACACGAGGGCUGAGAAAACAAAACGGCUAACAAACGGGAAAAUCGCUGAGACAGGACCUCUCACACACGCGCACUCACACACACACUCGCACACACAAAUCCCCACUCGCCUAUAUAUAUACGUAUAUGUAUGAAAGUGAAGCGCCAAGUGCCAGUGUCCUAGAAAUUAAACACAAUACAAGAAUAAAUCCAAAUCGACAAGGGCGAUAAUGGAAAAUUAAUUGGUGGGACCCCUUCGGAUGGAAACGGAUCCAAAAGGAAAAGUGCAAGUGAAAAGUGCCUGUAAGAAGCAGAAAAUCACACACUCACACACACACAAAGGAAACGUCAUAUGCCAGAGGCAUUGACAGGAGUCCAUGGAGCCCGCAUUUUGUGUAUCCUAUUUUGUGUGUGGCAGCUAAAAAAAGAAGGAGAAGGCAGCGAGGAGAAGGUCCUUAGCCAUAGUGGCCAUAGAAAAACAAAAACAAAAACAAGCACAUCGCAAUUACACCGUGUAGUUGCCAUAAUGAUAGAUUUCAAAAGUAAAUUGAGCAAAUUAUCGCAUAGAACGUGCUCCGCUUCGAAAGUCUAAAAAUAAUCGCGCGUCGCCAAGUUGUCGAGAGUCCAAAGUUCCCUGUUUCCACUUCCCCCCAAUCAACUGGAUGUGGAUGUCGAAGGGUCCAAGGGUCUAAAGUGCCGCAACAGACUUUAAAUUAUGCAUGCACAUUGAUUUUCCGACCCAGUCGUUAUAUCCCCCAUCUAUAUCAUCUAUAUCGCAUCGCAUGUUAUCAGCGGAACUGGCGUCGUCGACGGCUUUGUUGAAUGCGAGUUAUCAGCGCAGCAACGGCCCCUCAAAAGAUGAAGUUUGCCCCUCGACAACAUAUGAAAAGUGCCACACAACGACGGGAGCAACAUCGGGAGCAGCAGCAGCAGCAGCAACACUUGCAACGGCAACAGCAGCAGCAGCAGCCACAAUGACCAAGCAAUUGACAACGGCAACAGCAACAAAUGCGGCAUCGAGCAUAGGACAAGCGGGUGAUUUGGCGCCCACAGUUAUAUCACCGACUGCAGGAGCAGCGGGAGGGUCAGAGGGAGAGGAGGGAGGAGCUGGAGGAGCUGGAGGAGCUGUGGGUGGCAGCAUUUCACCUGUCAGCGAGACAACAAAGACUGUGGCCCAACCGCAAGCCCAAACCCUCAAAGAGAAGCCCUCGAGUAGCGAUGCCAGUGGCAGAUCGGCGGCUCUGGAACGGGCCUAUGUGCACGAUGUGUACGAGCAUUGCGAGGAGCCGACGGGUCCAGUGCGUCCCCGGAUGGCCCACUUCCUCAGCGGCUUGGAUCCGGGCUCCGUGGUCUGCGACGUGGGCUGCGGCAGUGGGCGGUACCUCACCCAGUGCAACCCGGCCAUCUGCACCAUCGGCGUGGAGCGAUGUUAUCGGCUGAGCAAGGUGGCCCACGAGAAGGGCGGCGAGGUUGCCCUGUGCGACAAUCUGGAGCUGCCUUUCCGGGACGACAGUUUCGAUGCGGUGUUAUCCCUGGCGGUGGUGCAUCACUUUGCCACCACGGAGCGUAGGGUUCAGGCUUUGAGGGAGCUGGCCAGGAUCCUUCGGAUCGGCGGACGUGUGGUGAUCACCGUUUGGGCACUGGAACAGCGGCAUCGGCGCUUCGAGUCGCAGGAUGUGCUGAUACCCUGGCAGCCGCCAAAGAAUCGAAAUUACUCGUACUCGGAUGAGGAGGAUGACGAUAACUUCCAGCCACCUUAUCAUGCCUACACGGAGGACUCGACGAACUCCAGUCGAUCGGCAGGGGAUGGGGAUAGUUCCAGCUUGAGUUCAUCCUCGCCGGGGGAGUCCUGCUACAGCUUCGUUCGCAGGGCCAUUCAGAAACUGGCAAGAGGAAGGCGACAUGCCUGGUUCAUGGACUCGUGGUCCUCGAAGGACACCAAGAACGAUAGCAGUUUGGACUACGAGGAUGCCAAGGACCUGCCCAUCGAACUGCGUCGCCUGGAGGACUUUGAGGACUUUCCUGAUCCUCCUCUUUCAGCUGGCCUGAAAUCCCGCAGCUUGGGCAGCAUUCUGCAGCCUCCUCCCCGCCAGAUUGUUCGCUCGCGAUCGAGUGUUCCCAGUUUGGGAGGUCCUUUGAUCCCGGGGGAAUCCAAGGCCACAGCAGCUGCCUUGCUACUAAAUGCCCCGGAGGCCCAGCAACUUCAGCUGCAACUCCAGCUGAACGGAAGGCAUUCACCCACUGCGACAGCCAGUGCUGGGAAUACUUUGGCCCGGAGGCCCAAGCUCAUCAAGCAGAAGCAAUCCCUGUGCGAUGAUGACGCCACUGGCGCCGCCACGCCUCCCGCCCCCGAAUCCUACCAGAUGGUGAGCAGCCUAAAUGGUUCGAAUGGCGGAGUGAGCAGUAGUUUGUAUACGAGAAGUGGCUGCUAUGCUGGGAAUUUCCAUCAGCAUAUGUCAUCAGCGGACGCGAAUUCUUCAGGGGAUCCUAAGGAGGGAGGAGGAGCAGCACCUGCAUCGGGAGCACCCACCUUCCUGCGCAAACAGAGCUCUCUUAAUGAGGAUCUGAUGGCCUGCAAUCGGUUGAGGGAGAAGGAAAGGGUGCGAAAGCGAAUCCAGAAGCAAACCUCUUUAAACGAAGCCUUCCUCUGCAGAUCCGCCUUGUUCUCCAAGAGAUUACAGGUCAUCCGCGAGGGCUUCACCACGAAGAUUAAGAGCUCGACGGGCAGUUUGGAAAGGGUGACCAAAACAGGGAUAAGUAAACUGAUCCAGAACAUCAAGAGUGUGCCGCAGACGCAGCCAAAUCCUGCCCAGAGUCCCAGUCAAAUGGAGAAGAACACCGCGCUGAAUAACAACAACAAACAGGGUGGAGUAACCGCCGUGCCGCAUCAGCACCAUCAUCACCACCACCACCAUCCAGUGCAUCAUCUCUCCCACUUGAUACUGCCCACAUCCUCCACGUCCACGGGACCCGUGACGUACUGCAGCAGUGUGGAGUGCACGAUGGGCAACCUGUGCCACUGCAGUCAGUACCAGCAGGAGUGUCCCGCCUGUGCGGAUGGGGCUCAGGGUGACAAGGCGAGGAGGCAUUCCCGGGAGUCAGGCUCGGACUCCUCCAAGGACAGUAGCCUCCAAUCGGACACCAGUAUCGAGUCCGAGGAUAGCUUCGCCUCGGUCAUAUUCAUCCCGAAGCCGGAGCAGCACCAACAGCAGUUGAACUACCAGCAGCAGCACCAGAACUCCAACUCCAGUUCCAGCAACUCCUCCUCGAGCAACGGGCAAAGGGCUCAGGGAGCCGCUGGCCGAGAUCAGGGUUCCGGAAUCACCGGCUCUCGACUGCCGCCCACUCACUCAGUGCCAACGUCGCCUUUGAUCAUGCCCUGCCCUCCCACUCCGGCCCAUUCCCCGGCUGCCAUCCAGGGCACGGUUACCUCUCCACCGCAAUCCACCUCGGCUGUUUCCGCCGCCAUGGCCAUUCUGACUCCUCCCUCGAAACCGGCAAGAUUCAGCUUCGAUGAGGCGCACAUCAAGCAGCAGAAGGAGCAACAGAUGGAGGUGCCUAGGGAGCAGAAGAAGGAGUUGCCCAAGGAACCCCUCAAGGAGUCGCCGCCGGUGAGGAGGAUAACCCGCCAGGCCAUCAGGGAUCUGCCACCCAUUCCCAAGUUCCGGAAACAGCAAUCCCUGCAGCUGCAACGCCAGAGCUUUCCCAUCGUCCGGAGAGCCUCGGGAUCUGGGGUUUCCACCUCGGCUUCCUCCACCUCGCUGGCCAGCAAACUGCUCUCCCUGGAGCUCUUCAAUCCAGCCACCGAUGACUUGGACAGCGACUCCAGUGAACCCUCGUCACCCGAUUCCAUAGACAGUGUGAUCAGUGCUCCACGGUCGGCCAAGGUUCCCUCGGGAAGCGAUGAGGGUGGAGGUGCCUCUGCCAACUCCGCCUCCCAGGACGAAGGUGAAGCUAGUCUAGCCCAGUUGAUUAGCCUGCAGCAGGAGCAGUACCACAAGGGAGAGCUCCAGAUCAAUAGCUCUCGAUCCCAGGCCGAAGAUGAUAUCAUACUGAAUGCAGAUAGUGCCACGCUGCUCCCCGAGAAGAGGGAGUCCAACCAGAAGCAGGAUUGUGCCGAGUUCGCCGAACAACUGACUGCCCAACUGCAGCGGGAACUGGAGGACAAGUCAAAUCGCACCGAGUGCCGAUAUCUGGACGGGAUCGGAAUGGGCGAUCUCUCGGAGUUCCUGGGCGGUGGCAAGAAACGAUCCAACGGAGAUCUGAGUGCUUUUCGGGAUGAACUGAGGGAACGUCGCCUGAUGCUGGCCAAUCUGUCCACCCAACCGAGUCUCCAACAAUCCCCCGUAAGCUCCUCCACCUCAUCGCUGUCCUCGCAAACGCGCAGCUUCACCAUCCAGGAGGAGGAUGGCGAGGAAGAGGAGGAGGAGGAGAACGAGUCCAGCUAUUCCCUUGGGGUCUACGAGCACUGCAAGAUCUCCAAGUUCAACUACAAGCGGAAUCGUCACUAUCAGCUCAAUCCGGAGACAGCCUACCUCCUGCAGGACGACGGGGACAGUGAUGUGCGGGAGGAGGACGAGGACGAUGUCAUACCCGAGGAGGAGGAGCAGGAGGAACAGGACGAGGACGCCGAGGCGGAGGCCUUGGAGGCCAGGGGUGGCGAUCAGUUGGGCGAGGGAAUGGCGGACUACGGUCAGCGGCGACGCAACAUGGCCGCCCUGAAGGUGCAACCUGCAACGACCUCCCAGCAGCAGCAGCAGCCACCACAGAGGGAGUCCAAUCAACCCACGCCCAGUCUGCAACAGCGACCCUCCAACGAAUCUCUGGAGCACUCGAACAGCUCCACCAACUCCCUGGACAGCCCAUCGCAGGGGGGAGCCAGCACCCACCACCGCUACUAUCAUGUGUUCCGCGAGGGCGAGCUGGACGCACUGAUCAACCACCAUGUGGCCAGCCUGCACAUCGUUAGCUCCUACUACGAGCGGGCCAGCUGGUGUGUGGUGGCCGAAAAGGUCCAGGUGUGGACCAUCUAAGAACCCUACGCACUUAAAAGGGGAUUCAAAAACGUAUGCCUUGGUUAACCAGAA